UAAUUAAAUUUUCUAAAAAGUCGAAAAUCUGUAUGAUUUAAGAUUUUCUUUUAUCAGUGAUUCUACAUAAGUUCGGUGUUGUACAAUUUCUUGCUGAAGUGUGCGCGGUGCUUUAGAAAUCGUAAUUUAUAUUAUACACCAUAAAAUGAUAAUCUUGUCCAGAACUGACGCAGCCAUGGAUUCUGCUGGCCAGUAGGGAUGCUAGAUCGCUGGUUGCUGAUACGCUACAGUUAACUGUUAACCAGCAUGACGAGCUGAUCGUCAGGAUCGUUCGUUAUUUCGCGAGUUUUCUCUACUUCUAAUCAACAGAUACAAUAAUCAACAGAUACAAUUGUAUCUGCUGAUUAUCCCGUGAUAUUUUGACGGUGGAUUAUAACGAUCAUGACGUCUCCGUCUACUGGUGGGCAGAACGACGCGCCCCUGGCCAGCCAGCGCAUCCAGCAGCUGACGAGCGAUAUCCAACGAAUGGAGGACACCACGCGGAAACUCCUGCGUCAAGUCAAACAGUAUACGGACUUUAUCCUGGCGUUGCAGAAACUGGAGAAUAAAUGCGCCUCGGAUCUCCUGCAAGCCCCGCUGUGCUCCAGCAGUAAGCACGCGGAUGCUAAGCUGAAAUCCACGGUGAAGAACUGGUCCUCCAGUUUGAACGCUGUCGAUGCACACUGCAAAUCUCUGAGUGCCAGCUGCUCGGCGCAACUCUCCAAGCCCAUAAAAGAGUUUUUGGAUGUGCUGGGGAAUUAUCACAAGGCGCUGAAACGAAGGGAGGCGCUUUUACAGGAGCACGAACGCGCCGUGGCUCGGUGGAGGAAAGUGGAGAAAGAGGGGAAAUUCUCCGUCACCACCGCCAAAUAUAACGAGAUCCGCAGCCAUCUUGUGGAGACGGAAGUGGCACUGGACAGCAUGCACAGCCGCAUGAUCCACGAUCUAUCCACUCUUUCUGCAAAAUCCGGCGAUGUCUUCCAUCCGCUCCUGGCAUCCUUCGCCGACAUUCAGAAGCAGCACGCGACGGCGUCUUACGACAGUAUCAACCAGAUGCUAUCCCAACGCGCCGUCCCAAUCAGCGAACGGCAGUUGGAGGCCGAUAUGCUGUACUACCGCCGCCAACUGGAGGGUCUCUCCAUCGUCAAGGCGCCCUCCGCCACCGCCCACGGGAACAACGGCGGCCAGGACAUGAGCCAGGAGCAAAAGAGCUUUAUGGUGCGCUCCUUGACUGCAUUAGAACUGCCACCGGGAUUGAAGGCUUGUGAGAUUGACGCGCAUUGCGAUGGCAAACAGCGCUGUGAUUCCACGGUGAAGCAGUGCAUACAGAAAGAAUCCCCGGAAUUCCCGCUGCACUUGCUGGACGUGAGUUGCGAGACGCAUUAUCAGUGCCCGUUCCUGUACCGUUGUGCCAAUGCCACGUGUACGUACGCCUUCUUCCGGGCAUGCCGGAGUAGUGCGGAUUGUGCGCAGGCCACCGGGUGGGAUUACGAUUGCCGGGAGCGGAGUGACCAGUUCCCCGGACGGCUGUGCUAUCGAAAGUGUCUGAUGGAUCGGGACUGUUACGACUGCAACGGCAGUACGUGCCGCUAUCCGGAGUAUCUGCAGAAGAUCAUCGCCUGCUGCGACGGAUACUGCAGUAAGAAGAUUGCCUGUGAUGACUUCCGCUGACCAACUGAAGAACGAUUUCCGGUACUGACCAGAAUCCCGUACCGGCCUGUUUGUACGGCUGUAUACAUGCAUAUUGUGAUAAACACAGAAGCAAAAAUAAUUUCCACGCUUGUACCGCCUUCGUUACCGGCAUUAAGAUCAAAGAUCAGGAAAUCGGUGCUGCUGUACUUCGGCCAUGUGAUGCAUACUUUCUUUUUUUUAGCAUUCCGUUAUUUAAUAAUUUUAAUCGAGAAUAUGGAACACACUAUGCAUAUUUUCUAGCAUUAACAGAAUAAAUUUAUUAACACGG